CUCGGUGCCUGGAGCCGAAACCUCCAUCCCGAUCUCCACCCGGCCGGGACCACGACCCGGAACCGGCCAGGCCAGGCCCCCGUCCCCCGGGCCGAUGGACUACUCCUACCUCAAUUCGUACGACUCGUGCGUGGCGGCCAUGGAGGCGUCCGCCUACGGCGACUUCGGCGCCUGCAGCCAACCUGGCGGCUUCCAGUACAGCCCCUUGCGGCCUACAUUCCCCGCGGCGGGACCGCCUUGCCCUGCGCUCGGCUCCUCCAACUGUGCGCUUGGCGCCCUACGCGACCACCAGCCCGCGCCCUACUCGGCAGUGCCCUACAAGUUCUUCCCCGAGCCAUCCGGCCUACAUGAGAAGCGCAAGCAGCGGCGCAUCCGCACCACGUUCACGAGCGCUCAGCUCAAAGAGCUGGAGCGCGUGUUCGCUGAGACCCACUACCCGGACAUUUACACGCGGGAGGAGCUGGCGCUCAAGAUCGACCUCACUGAGGCUCGCGUGCAGGUCUGGUUCCAGAACCGCCGUGCCAAAUUCCGAAAACAAGAGCGCGCUGCCAGCGCCAAGGGCGCGGCGGGCCCGACGGGAGCCAAGAAGGGUGAGGCGCGCUGCUCCUCGGAGGACGACGACUCCAAGGAGUCCACGUGCAGCCCCACGCCCGACAGCACCCCGGCGGAGCCCGGGCCGGGGCCCUUCUCGGGAGUUCUGUCCUCCUUCCACAGGAAGCCCGGCCCUGCCCUGAAGACCAAUCUCUUCUAGCUGCCAGCCUCUGGAGGCCCCGAUCCUGCCCCCAGAGACAUCCCUGCUCCUCCAGGACCUGACAGAAUCCCUCUCCAUCCCGGCUCCCUGCCUCAAAGCCCUCAUCCGUUCCCACUGCCGUGUCUGACCUCUAGGUGUACCCUCCCCAGCUUUGGAAACCAAGUCGGGCCACUCUCAUCCUCCCACCCACACCCAGCAGAGCGGGAGUCCUUUUCACCCGACCCCCGGGAGAGCCAGAGCUCCUGCUAGUUUGGCUUUCUUUGAAACCAGGAUCAAGCCUGUUCCUAACAGUGUCCAAAACAAGGGUUCCUGUGGCGGGGCAAGGUGCCCUCCCGGGACUUCGCAGCUGGCUGGGUCAUUCCUAACCUUGGUGACCGUAAGCAUCUGCUGCCCCACCCCCAGCCCACCAGCACUGCCCCAAGGUGACAAGGUUGGUUUUAGCCGGGAUAAUCAGCAGCCUGAGGGGCCCCACCGCCCAGCCCUCCCUCCUGCGUCCUCUCCCACCCAGCACAGCAGGUGGCCUUGUUAGCGGUGGGGAACAUUUCUUUUUUCCUGAUUUGUUUUUCUUUGAAAACUUGUAAUUUAUUGAGGUGAUUUUAAAUGCUCAAUCCAAAUAAAACUUAAUUUAUUGAAGACAUCGGUGUCGGCAAUCCAAGUGCCCAGGACAAGG